AAUGUGAACUGCUGUAAGAAGCUUGAGCCGAAGCACGUCUGUUUGUGUUGAUUUUUUUGUUGAUGAAAAGCGAGUUAAUAUAACCAAAUGAGUACUUCUAUUUACGAAUGGCUUUAAUUUAACUACCAAAGAUGGUAGUUAACCUUGAAUCAACCCGGGACCUGAGUCAGCUCAUAAAACUCUGCCUUUGCUGGUUUGCUAGCUAGCUAGCGUUAGGUUUCAGGAUGGGCAACUGAACGCUAACCGCUCUCAAGGAAAAAUAUCAGUGUAGAAUGACUGAAUCUUGAGAGUAUUGUCUCUCGAUAGCGCGGCGAGAAAAGAGAGUUUACGUGUGUGCCUUUAGCUACCUCCGAUACUGUGUCGAUACUGUUUACACGAUGAAGAACUGCGAGUACCAGCAGAUCGACCCGAGAGCGCUGUCGGUGUCGCCCUCGUCCGCACAGAACCACACCGAGAAGAAAGUGCAGCGGCCGCGGAGGAAAUGGGAAGUGUUCCCGGGGAAGAACAGGUUUUUCUGCGAUGGACGGAUCAUGCUGGCCAGACAGAGCGGUGUCCUUCCUCUGACACUGGGCCUUAUUGUUGUCACUUGUGGCCUUUUCUUUGCAUUCGAUUGCCCAUUCCUGGUGAAGCAUCUGACCGUCUUCAUACCUGUGAUUGGUGCGGUGCUUUUUGUGUUUGUGGUCCUCUCCCUGCUGAGAACCAGCUUUACAGAUCCAGGCAUCUUACCUAGGGCCACUCCAGAUGAAGCAGCAGACAUAGAGAAGCAGAUAGAUACCUCAGGAUCCUCUACGUAUCGCCCCCCUCCGCGGACCAAAGAGAUCCUUAUCAACCAGCAGGUGGUAAAGCUCAAAUACUGCUUCACUUGUAAAAUGUUCCGGCCUCCUCGGACCUCCCACUGCAGCCUGUGUGACAACUGUGUGGAGCGAUUUGAUCAUCACUGCCCAUGGGUGGGGAACUGUGUGGGCAAGCGCAAUUACCGCUUUUUCUACAGCUUCAUCAUCUCUCUGUCUUUUCUGACAUCUUUCAUAUUUGGCUGUGUCAUCACACACAUUACCCUGCGUUCUCAAGCAGGUAAAAGCCUUGUUCAAGCCAUUCAAGAGAGCCCUGCUAGUGUGGUGGAGUUGGUGAUUUGUUUCUUCUCCAUCUGGUCUAUAAUGGGCCUCUCAGGCUUCCAUACUUACUUAGUGGCCUCCAAUCUCACAACAAAUGAAGAUAUAAAGGGCUCCUGGUCAAGUAAAAGGGGUGCAGAGGAGUCUGGGAACCCGUACAGUUACAACAGUAUUAUAACCAACUGCUGUGCGACGUUAUGUGGCCCCAUGCCCCCAAGUCUGAUUGACCGAAGAGGUUUCCUGUCCCUUGACGAGACAGUCCCUACCUCUUCUGCCACGGAGAUCGAGCUGCCUCCCUUCGUGGCCAAGAAUGACACGCACAUGUGCACUCAGAGCACCAAGGAUGUGCUGGAGAGGAUGGUCCACACCUUCGACUUUCAUGGCUUGUGCCCCCCUGGCACCCCAAAGACCACCCCUCUGGGCCAGGAGGUUUCCAGCACGGCAGCGAUUUUCACAGAAGCGUCACCCUCCACUGGCUGUCCCACGUUCAGCAGAAGUAGCAAGAGGGACUCGCUGCACUCCAUCAACCCGGCCUUCCGUCUGGCUUCUCCCUCCCCGUCGCUGGGCCGCGCCACCUUGAUUCUAGGCAAUGCACCUGACAUUGGCUUUAUCCCGCCACCCUGAGUACACCCAGUAACCAUAAGAGAACAGAAGGAGUCAUCGUGCGCUCGUCCUGUUGCACGUAAUGCCACUCUGUAACACUGGCAAUGUUUCUGGCUACAUAUAAAUUUUUUCAUAGUUGUGGUCGAGCUGUUUUUUGCCACUUGGUAUCUCAAGAUGUCAUUGAUGAGUUGAUUGAGCGUUAACUGGAGGGUUUUUAUCUUCUGUGAGUUUUAUCAACAGCGUCCUACUAUACUAUGUGUGUCCUUCAGGAUGGAGGUAAAUCUUAGUAAUACUUGGAAGCACAAUAUAGAGAUAUUUUUUUAACACCUUUUUACGAAGACACCCUGAACAUGCCUCUACACCUUCCACACAACCUCAAGCCAUACGUCACAACCGCAGUGUUUAGGUUCUCGCUAAUACCUUAUGCAAAUGUCUUUAAAUCUGUGAAUACUUAAAGUCUGAGUGUGGAUGUACAGAGAAAAGAAAGUUUUGAUUGACUAAACUGGCAAGCUCUGGAUAGUGAGCCAUUUCAGGAUUAUCGACUCAAGAGUUUAGCCUUAUGUCAUGUGCUGCCAUUUCCUGUCGUCUAGAUCUACAUCAUCACAGCAUCAUCAUCAGGUGGAUGCAGCUUGACAGGAUUUCCAGAGUUUGAAGAGGGAUGGCGAGGUGCAGGUUUUUAUUUUAUGUAUAAUGUAUACAUAUCGAGGUUUUUGCUGUAUUUUGUAAUCAGUUCUGCAUGUCUUGAAUGUCUGCUGCUCUUACACCGUAUACCGUUUUCUUUUUGUGAGGUGUAUCACUUUAGACUUAAAACAGGUGAAACAGUGAAUUUGUGCAGAUAUUUUUCAUGUAUGACUGGACACUAACUGACUGGAGCAUUUUCAGAAGUAGUUCCUCUACAUAUUGCUUUAGUUGGAUGUCAAAACCCAGUAUUUAUUUGAACUCAAAAUCAAAUUUGUUGCUGCCAGUUUUUUGUGAAUAUGAUUUACUGAGAUGCUUUUGGUACGACUGAGCACCUGCUUUUUAUUUUCCUGAGUAUGUUGUUUAUUACAGCACGGGCCCAACGUGUGGACUGUGUCAAGCAGAGUAAUGUUGUAGGAAUGUUUAUGAGACCUCUUUACAUGCAGGGCAAUUUUCAUGGCUGCAACCUUAUUUUCCUACUUUUUACAGGAUGGAACUUCACCCUCUGUUUCAUGACGAUGAGUAGGCAACACAUUUCUUGUAGGAGGAAACAGCAAGAGUUAGUAUGUGCCACUAGGGGGCAGCCUGUGAAUACGGACUGCAGCCUAGUAAGGGGGCAAUUUAGUAACACACCAUUAACAGAAAGGCCUUUUGAUGUCAUAUUUAUUUUUUGUAAUUGAGCGUUGAAGCUGUACAUAGGUUGUGAGUUUGUGAAGAACCACGUUGCCAUAGUCAUUUAUCAGUCUGCAUCAAGACCCAUAGGUUGUAUAAACAAUUACAAGCAGUGCUUGUAUGAACAAACUUGUUCGUAUUUCGUAGGAUGUAACAGUGGAACUGUAACAUUUGGUUAAUAAAAAUGAUGAGUUUUGUUGA